GGCGUGGGCCUGCAACACGUGGGAGGGCGCUGGCAGGGCUAGCGGUCUCAGUCUCGAGAUCUGGUCUCCUCCGCUCGGCCCACUCUCGGCUUCCGGGCCCGCGGACUCUGCAGCCCGCCUCCUGCACCUACGAGCCGGAGGACCACGCGCCAGCUGCUGCCGGCCUCCCUGCCUGCCCAUGAUCACCCUGUGCCUUUCGGCUCUGCGAGGCCUCCACAGAGCGGGUGGUUCCAGGAUUCGGCUUAGAAUGACGUUGGGAAGGGAGGUGGCAUCUCCUCUUCAGGCCAUGUCUUCCUACACAGCCACUGGCAGGAAUGUUCUCAGAUGGGACCUUUCUCCAGAGCAGAUCAAGACGAGGACAGAGGAGCUCAUAGCACAGACCAAGCAGGUGUACGACACCGUGGGGACAAUUGACCUGGAAGAAGUAACUUACGAGAACUGUCUGCAGGUGCUGGCUGACAUAGAAGUGAAGUACAUAGUGGAAAGGACCAUGCUGGACUUCCCACAGCACGUGUCGUCUGACAGGGGAGUGCGGGCUGCAAGCACUGAGGCAGACAAAAGGCUUUCUCGUUUCGACAUUGAGAUGAGCAUGAGAGAAGAUGUAUUUCAGAGAAUUGUUCAGUUACAAGAAACACUCGAUUUGGAGAAGAUAAAGCCUGAAGCCAGGCGAUACUUGGAAAAGUCAAUUAAAAUGGGAAAAAGGAAUGGACUCCAUCUCCCAGAACACAUAAAAAAUGAAAUCAAGUCAAUGAAGAAGAGAAUGAGUGAGCUAUGCAUUGACUUCAACAAAAACCUCAAUGAGGAUGACACGUUCCUUGUAUUUUCCAAGGCUGAACUUGGUGCUCUUCCUGAGGACUUCAUUGACAGUUUAGAAAGAACAGAUGAAGACAAGUACAAAGUUACCUUAAAGUAUCCCCACUAUUUCCCUGUCAUGAAGAAAUGCUGUGUCCCCGAAACGAGAAGGAAGAUGGAAAUGGCUUUUCAUACCAGGUGCAAACAGGAAAACACGGUCAUCCUGCAGCAGCUCCUCCCGCUGCGAGCACAAGUGGCCAGACUGCUCGGCUAUGACACCCAUGCUGACUUCGUCCUUGAGCUGAACACGGCGAAGAGCACAAGCCAUGUGGCAACCUUCCUAGAUGAUUUAAGCCAGAAAUUAAAACCCUUGGGUGAGGCAGAACGGGAGUUUAUCUUGAGCUUGAAGAAGAAGGAAUGUGAAGAGCGAGGUUUUGAGUAUGACGGGAAGAUCAAUGCAUGGGACCUCCAUUACUACAUGACACAGACAGAGGAGCUCAAGUACUCUGUGGAUCAGGAGUCCCUCAAGGAGUACUUCCCCAUCGAGGUGGUCACUGAAGGCUUGCUAAGCAUCUACCAGGAGUUGCUGGGACUUUCAUUUGAGCAAGUGGCCGAUGCUCAUGUUUGGAAUAAGAGCGUUUCACUUUACACCGUGAAGGAUAAAGCUACUGGAGAAGUGCUGGGGCAGUUCUACCUGGACCUCUAUCCAAGGGAAGGAAAAUACAACCAUGCGGCCUGCUUUGGUCUCCAACCAGGCUGCCUUCUCCCUGAUGGCAGUCGGAUGAUGUCUGUGGCUGCCCUGGUGGUCAACUUCUCUCAGCCGAUAGCAGGUCGGCCCUCUCUCCUGAGACACGACGAAGUGCGAACUUACUUCCAUGAGUUCGGUCAUGUCAUGCAUCAGAUCUGUGCACAGACUGACUUUGCACGAUUUAGUGGAACAAAUGUGGAAACUGACUUUGUAGAGGUGCCAUCACAAAUGCUCGAAAACUGGGUGUGGGACAUUGAUUCCCUGCGAAAGCUGUCAAAGCAUUAUAAAGACGGACACCCUAUCACAGAUGAACUGCUGGAGAAGCUGGUGGCUUCGAGGCUGGUCAACACAGGUCUUCUGACACUGCGCCAAAUUGUUUUGAGCAAAGUUGACCAGUCUCUCCAUACCAAUGCAUCGCUGGAUGCCGCGAGCGAAUACGCUAAAUACUGCACCGAAAUUUUGGGAGUUGCAGCUACGCCAGGUACAAAUAUGCCAGCUACUUUUGGACAUUUGGCAGGAGGGUAUGAUGGCCAAUAUUACGGAUAUCUUUGGAGUGAAGUCUUUUCCAUGGACAUGUUUCACAGCUGUUUUAAAAAAGAAGGGAUUAUGAAUCCAGAGGUUGGAAUGAAAUACAGAAACCUAAUCCUGAAGCCUGGGGGGUCCCUGGACGGCAUGGACAUGCUCCAGAAUUUCUUGCAACGUGAGCCAAACCAAAAAGCAUUCCUAAUGAGUCGAGGCCUGAACGCUUCGUAAAGCAGCGACCCUGGGAGCUGUCCAUGUCUGGAGGACAAGUCAACACACCAUGUGGUGCCCGCCUGGAGACUGAAGGGAGUUUUACAAAUGAAAACUUAGAUUUCUAUUGAUUUGCUUUUGUUUUUUAAUUUUAAAAAUUAUACAGAUGUAAAUGGAAUUAUAAAUACUGUGACCUAAGAAAAGACCCACUAAAAAUAAUUGUACUAUAAAGUUUCAUAAAAAUGGAUUUGAUUUCUUUUGAUAAAAGUUUCAUAUGAAUGUAAUUUGAUUUUUUUUACUGUUAUAAUCCAGAUAAUAUAAUGUAAGAGGGCUAAGACAUUUUAAAUUGAAUCACAUACAUGAUAUAAUUUGAUCCUUCUUAUAUCUUGAAGUUUUAUACAUGAGAUUUCUGGACUGAUGAAUGAGUCAUCACAUUCUCUCUAGGAAAUAUUUUCUCAGAACCCUGCGUCAACCUGGACCCUGUGCCUCGCCGCUGAGCGACCAUGGGCCUGUAUGUGUCAAGGCGAGCAGGGUGUGCUUCAGUCUGUCUGUCUUUCAUAGUGAGCUCCGUGGUCCUUGGCUUCCUAGCACACUUACUUAGAUAUCUCCACUUAGAUUUGUGGUUUCAUUUCUAAAGUUAAUAAUAUCAUUAUUUAGAUAAUAUUUUUUAAUUUUGUUUUAACUGGACUAAUAUAUAAAUAAGUUUUGUGUCUUGCACUAGAAGCUCAAAUGUCAAGUCUUCGGUUGCAGUCACAGUGAGAAUAGCAGAGGAACUCGGGCAUCUUUUGGGUUCUUGUUCCUUUUAGUAUUUGCUAUGUAUUUGUUUCUGUUUAUUUUGCUUUUUUUUUGUUUUGUUUUGUUUUGUUUUCUGAGACAGGGUUUCUCUGUAUAACACUGACUGUCCUGGAACUCACUCUAUAAACCAGGCUGGCUUUAAACUCAGAAAUCUGCCUGCCUCUGCCUCCCAAGUGCUGGCAUUACAGGCAUACGCCACCACCGCCCAGCUUGCUUAUAUUUUUUUUUUUAUUUUGUUUGUUUGAGGCACCAUCUCACCGUGGAACCAGAUUAGCCUGGAACUCCUGGUAAUUCCCCUGCUUCAGCCUUCCAAGCCUUAGGGUCUCAGGUGUGAGCUUCCUCAAUCAGCUCAGUUCUCAUUUUCUACCAAGGAUUCUGACCUCGCCUCCCUGACAGUGGUGGGUAGACCCCGUAGUCACAGUGUGUUGAAGUGUCAGGGAGGGAUGACAUGCACUGGAACUUAGUUUUUGAAACUCCACAAGAGUGGGUUGGAGCGGAGUGUCUGAGAACAGCUGCUCCCGAGUGUUCCGUGGGCAGCCAAGCUGGAGGAAAAGGCCCUUCAGCAGUCUGCUUCAUAUGGCGACUGCUAAGUGAACAUCCAGCUCUCUAACUCCUUUUCCUGGGACCUAUGUUUCCAGCUCAGCAGCAGAGGAGUGAGCUCACAGCAUUAUUUUAGCCCUGGGAGUCUGCUCAGAAAGGAAGCCAAGUAGGAGAGAGCAGGAAGUGUAAGUGAGCCGUGAACGCACUCUCCACCGCUCUUUGAGUUGUUUCUCAGCACAUACCUGAGGAAUGACUUUCCUGGCAGGCAACGAAAUUAGAGCCUGUCUGCUCUUUAGACCAAGUGGACUUUGUGUUAAAUAAAAUAUUAUGUCGUGUAAUAAAGUUAUAUAGAGUACCAAGAACUGGUACACAGCAGGGAAGCCCUUUGUUUAUGUAGGUUGAUUUGAUUUUUGCAGGGCUGGGCAUCAAACCUCCUGCUUCUUCACCCAUGCCAGCAAGUGCUGUGCUCUCCCAGCUGUUUUUAUGCUGGUGGUGGUGGUAGGAACCUCUGGAAGCUUCUCACAUCUGACCCCACCCCCAUUUUUGUUUUCUACUUUCAGACAAAAAAAGGGAAGGAAAAAAAGCUCUCUUCUUUUUCUAUUAUUGCCCAGUGUGUCUCUGUCAAAAUAACUUUAUCAUAAAUAUUACUUGGAAAAGCUAAUAGCUGGUGUGUAAAAGACUGCACACAAUAAAGUUACUUCACUGUCCACCAGAA